AUGUCAUAAUGUGAGAUAGAGUGUUGUGAUAAGGGAAUAAGGAUUGAUGGCAAAUGCAGAUGUGAUAUUGGUGCAUUUGGUGAAGAGUGUUACUAUAAUUUAUAAGACCUUUACAUAGCUCCCUAUUACACAUUUUUAGGUGUUUAUUGUGCUGCUUUUGUUUUUAUUCUCUUUAUAACAAUUCGACAAUUUUAGACCUCUUUAAAGGCAUCUAAGAUCCCAUCUUAUUAUACGUAAUUGGUCUGAACAAAUUGUAGUUGUUUUUAGUUUGCCUAUGCAUUAAUAGGGUCACCUUAGAAUUACAUACUUGCUCUAACGAUAAUAUUAUCAAUUUGUAAACUGAUUUGGCUGAUUCUGGAUCCUUUCGAAAUUUAUGUAAGUAUAACAAGCUUAAAUUAUAAUAGAGAGACAAAACAACUGUUAUUAAGAGAUUUCUAUCUGAUUUAGUUUACACUCUAUUAUUUUAUAUCUAUGGUUGUUUAUUGAUUGUCUGGUAUACUAUGUAUGAUGAAAUAUCAUUCAAUGUAUAUUAGGAUAAGACUAAAAGGAAAUACAUAUUCAAAUAUUAUAAGGAAGUUUUAAAGUUGCGACUUUUUAUUGUCUUUCUAAUCUAAAUUGCUGUAAGCAUUAUGAAUGGUAUCAAUUUUAUUCUAAGAAACUAGGUCUUAGGAAAGGCAUUUAAUAUCCUGCCUUUUUGAUGUUUUGCUAUAGUUUUCUAUUGAUUAAUUUCUUUUUUUUCAUACUUGAAUUUUUGAUCUAUGGAUAAUCUCUUUAAAAAUGCAUUAGAGAAUAGAUUUCUAAUUGCAAAUUAUAAUUUAUAGAGUAGCAAAAACUAAACAAUGAUUAAAUUGAUCAAGUUCCUUAAAAUGAUAGUUUAUGUAAAUCUCCUGAAUCUAUGCAACGAUAUCUAAGAAUGUCUAGAUAAAUAAGUAUUGAAGAUUAAAAAAAUGAAAUUAAAGAUGAAGUCAAAUAAAUUGAAGAAGUAAAACAUAAAAUUGCAGUUACAAAAUUUAAAUCUGUAUCAUUUGCUAGAACUUUUAUUAAAGGGAUGCGUGGUUCAUCAUUUUUUAGAUAAGAAAGUUAAAAAUAAUUAAAGACACUUCAAAAAAGUUAAGAUAAUAAAAAUGAAUCCUCUUAAUUCGAAAAUUAACUCUAAGAAGAAUAACCAGAAGAGGGAAUGGAUAGUUGUUGUUUAAAAGAAGAUUAAUAAAAUGAUCUCAAAUGGGAUAAUGAUGAUGAUAGGAUAACCUACUAAGAAACUGUCAGAUAAUAAAUUAAAGCUGUAAAAGAAACCAAGGAACAAGCUGAAAAACGAAAAUUAUCAGAGAUAUAAAAUUUUAAAUCUAAAUCACAUAGUGAAAAUAAUAAAUCAACCCAUAUUAAUAAUUGCUCUUUUGAAUAAAAAACCUAAUAACUUCGCUAUUAAUCUGAUGAAUACUAAGAAAAGUACAACAACAAAUCAGCCAAUUUGGUUAUUGACAAAUAGAUUUUAUAUAAAAUAUAAUUAUUGGUUUAUAUUGGAAUUAUUUUGGAAAUUUUAUUUGGUGGCUUGAGUAUUACAGUAUUAGUAACUGAUUUAAUCAGAAACCCAGUUGGAUAACUAAUAUACUUAUAUGGAUCAUCAACACUCCAAUUAUUUUCCUUACUUACAGUUUUAAAAUUAUUUCGAGAUAUCAAAAAUUAAGAAAUUAAAAAUCUUAUUUGGAUUUAGAAAGUAGGUAGCAAAAAAAAUAAAAUUAAUCAAAAUUAUUUCUUUUCCAUUCCAAAAGAUUAAAAAGUUGAUGAAUAAAAAUAAAAAUUAGAAUAGAGAAUUAAUAUGAUUACUCUAUAUUGA